UUUACCAACCUCACACGAAGUAACAAUGGAGACCUACUAUUAUGUUACAUAGAAAAUCCUGAGUUUCCAGAGAUCAAAGUAAUCAAUUCCUAUGAACUCAACAUUACUUACAAGCCGUUCAUUAGUUUUUCUCCCAGUUCCCCAGUUGCUACCUACGUGGAUGACAGUAUUACUGUUUUAUGUCAAUGUGACGCAAACCCACCAGCUAAGAUCGAAUGGUCAAACACUUCUUCGAAUGAAAUAGGUAAAAGGACUGAAGUUAGCCUAGAAUUGAACAUGCAAUUUCAAUUCAUUGGCCGCCAUAACUUUACUUGCAAAGCGAAAAACACAAUUGGUUCAGCAGAAAAUACAGUCCUCAUCGUGGUAAAAGAAAAACCGCCUGCGUCACCAUCCACUGGAAAAGGCCUCUCUUCCUCCAUGUUGAUCGGAAUCACAUGCGGUUGUCUAGCGGUUGUAAUUAUCGCUAUGGUAGUCUUCGGGUGUGUAACUGUAUUGAAAACACGGAAGAAAACAACGACAAGAGAAGAGUCGUAUAAUGUGCCUAUUCAGGAGCGACAACCGAGUUUUCAACCGCUAGAUCCUGAUUACAACGAUCCCGCUGGUUCCAAUCACGGUGAUGGUCCUUCUAGAGAUAUUGCUGAACCGGUUGAGUACACUUGUGUUGUUAAAAGGGCAGUGAGACAGACUACAAAACCCCAGGCCGAGGAAAGAGCACUCAUCUACGCUGAUCUUGAUCUACCAGCAGAGGGUUCCACACGAAGAAAGCCAACAGUGAAUUCAGAUGCCGAAACGACAUACGUUUCAAUUGAUUUUGCCCGGACCAAAAAAUGAAGAGAUCAAUGUUAGACGAUUAGUCACAUAGUCACACAAGUAUUCUCGUUGAAAGAUGGCCAAUUUACUAUUUGUGUAUUAAUGUUAUAUUGCUUGAUUAGUAUGGUGUACAUGGAGCUGUGUUGAUAUCUGAAUAGCUUUAUAUGUUAUUAACGUAUUUCUGUCGUGUUUCAAAAGUUUGAGACCGACGCCAUAUACUUACAUUUUUAGUUAACGCGACCAAUCGUCAAUGACUUAAAACCGACCUCUAGUCCGAACAUGAAUCAUACGUAUGUACUGACACAGUAACGUUAUAAUGAAUUAUAUUCAGGUUGCUUCUUAAUUAAGGUAUUGACAAAGAGCCGUAACUGAUGUUGGAAAAACUCGUCGCCCGAUUCCUCUGCAUGUCCAUACUGAUGAACCUAAACGAUGUGACAUUACAUAUGUCUUAUUUAUUAGGUUGCGUAAAUCCUCAUGUAAUACCUAUAUUGGACUUAAUUCCAAAUUGUAUCCAGACUCUUAAUUAUCUGAAGCAAACAACGACACCCUUUAAAACCGUAGUAUUUUCGAUAGAAUACUAUCAAAAUGUCACACCGUACAAUCUAUUGUUCAGUUAAAGUUAUGUUGCUAAAAGCAGCACCAAAUAUAAGUAACGCCAUAUUCGUUAAACGUUUCAUUCCUUCAAAUAUACUGCCGUACUGAUGUGUAAACUAUUCUGUCGAAAUUGCUUCUGUUGUGGUAAAAAUAAAUCAUUUUAAUUUAUCCACGUACAAUAUUGUAGAAAUUAUUGUCAUUCAUGUACUUUAUGUAUUAAAGGCAAAUACAUAUGUUCGCACAGCUUUAACCGUUAAACUUAUAAUGUUAUUUCAUGGAAGUCUUUCUCGGUUUAUUAGCCAGUAUGCACGUUUUAGAACAAUUUCUUUCAUCUUGGUUAUCUUGUCAAUACAAGUGAAUUUAAAUGACUGAAGUUAUUUGAGAACGAAUGAAAAUCUAAACACCUUGUAAAAUUAACAUUAACAGCCAUAUCGUUGUGCCGAAAUAUCUUUGAUCACUAAGUCGUGAUGUACAUUGAAGUUUUGAGCCUAAGAUAUAUAGCAUAUUAUAAAGGUUGCACCCUCAUUGGCCUUGUACCUAGCUAAACUCCUGUUUGUUUGAUAUUAUGUUAAACCUAGUGUGUCUGCUAGGUUUCCGAGACCUUUAACACGAAUUAUGUUUUAAUGAAAAAUGUUAAAAUGUUGACUCUGAUAUUUGGUGUAUUAGUGACCGUUUAACACAAUGUACAAUCAGAAAUCAAGAUAUAUAUAAAUCAUUACCUUUCAAUGAAAGUUGUUUUGAUAUAGCGUGACUUCUUUUAAUAAGAUAUCUAUUUAGAGAUUUGACAUAUGUUGUCGAUUCAUUUUUAAGAAAUCUUCGGGGAGAUUUUCGACUCUAUUGUUGUUUUGUACAAUUCAAAAUUCCCCAUCAAAAAAAGAUAGCUCGUUUAUAUAAACUCGUUUUUGUAUUUUACUGAACUACAGUAUUUUCACAUCAAACAAUAUCACGUUCAACAGAACAAAUACAAUUAGGAUAUAUUUUAGAUAUAAACGCUAUAUCUCCAAAAUGUAAUAUCAGCUUAUAGAAUACUGUUAAAAUGAUACUGUUAUUCAACAAAAAUGAUCAAAACUAUUUUUAUCGAUCUUGUGACUUUUCGGAACAUAAAUUUUCCGAUGAUACUGAAGACAUAGCAGGAUUUUUUUUUAAAUUCCUGAAAACACAAACAGCUGGUUAAAUCAUUUCAAAUACUGUGGUGUUUACUGAACAUUAUGAAAGACAAUU